AAGGGUUUGCGUUGACUAGACGCUACAUUAUAAUCGCUGAUUUUGUUUUUUCGACUGUUUCAAUUGUGUUCCAAAAAUCCAUUGCCCACUGAAAAUCUACGUGUAUUUUCAAUUUUCAGUAUUGAUAGUGAAUCUUGGAGCACAACCAUACAAUGGUCAAGGAAGAAAUGGAACUGCACGAAGAUCGGGUUAAAAUACAAUCGUGCCGUAGAUUCUGGCACAGUCUACCAGAACGCAUAUCUAGGACGGUAGAACAUUUGUUCUAUCAGCUUGGAGUACACAUCGCUCAAAGUCCAUAUAAAUGGAUGCUCGGAUGUUUUAUGGUAGUAUUAGUGUGUGUCCUAGGCCUGUUUCGUUUCCGACAGGAAAAGAAUCCCAUCAAACUUUGGGUUCCAUCAGAUUCUGAUUUUGUGACGACUACUGAAUGGCUAAUGUCACAUUACUUAGAAACUCUGCGAAUUCAAACGUUUAUUUUAACUGACGAUAAUGUUUUAGAACAACAAACGCUUAUUAGGUUAAAUGAAAUUACUAAACAAAUGAUUUCUACUCAGACAUCGAUCGAGAACAUUUCUUGGACAGAUGUCUGUAUGAAGAUUCCUGUUAUCUCUGGUGUUACAAAGAGAAAUAAGAGACAAAAUUCUCUUUUCGAAGACGAUUUUUUUAAUGAUGAUCUCUCUUCUAAAGUUAAUCAAACCUUUGAACCUGCCGUUCAUGUCGAUAGUAAUUUAUAUUGUAAUCUAAUUGAGAGUUUACCUAUGAGUUGCCUUUUGUUUAGUAUCUUAGAUAUAUGGAAUUUUGAUAGCGCUAAAAUUGAAAAAGAUUCCGCAGAAGAUAUUAUCACGAAGGUAAAUACAGUAAAAGUGAGUCCCACAUUGGGUCACGCCAUGAAUUUCAGUGAUCUUCUGGGAGACGUAACUCUAGAUAAAAGCGGUAGGAUUAUCGCUGCGGGAGCUGUACGGACUGAUCUGAUGGUUCAUGUUAGUUUUCUCAAUGUGGACAUGAAUAAAAUUGGAAACAAUGCGGGAACUGCUGAUUGGGCUACAGAGGAUGUAUUAAAAUGGGAAUCAGCUUAUCUGGAAAAUAUACAAAAUCUUUCGUAUCAACUGCAAAGCGAAAGAAAUAAUUCUUUAAUGCUUUAUUACGAAGCUGGUAGAAGCUUCGGAGACAUUUCUGGUUCAUCUAUGUUUCAAGAUAUAGAUAAAUUAAUUGUAGGAAUUUUGUUAAUGUUUCUAUACGUCUUAAUGAUUUUGUCGAAUCGUAAUUGGGUGGAAUGGCGGUUUUGUCUUACUAGUACCGGUCUUUUAUGUGUGGGUGCUGCAUUUGUACUUGCGGUGGGAGUAUGCUCUCUAAUAGGAAUCCCGUAUGGUCCAGUGCACACUUCGUUGCCAUUUAUGCUCUUAGGUUUAGGGAUUGAUGAUAUUUUUGUAAUUAAUGCAUCUUGGAAGCAGAUACAUACUGAUGAAUCAAAUUUAAAUAAGCCAUUAACAGAAAGAAUCGGGCUUAUGUUAGGCCAUGCCGGUUCUGCUAUCAGUAUCACCUCGCUUACCGACGUCGUGGCAUUCAUCAUUGGUGCUUCUACAAUAUUGCCAUCACUUCAGUCAUUUUGUAUCUACGCUGCAGUGGGUGUAUUUGUGACAUUUUUAUUACAAAUUACAUUUUUUAUUGCCUGUUUUACUUUGGAUGCUAGAAGAAUAGAACGAAAACGAAAUGGAAUGUUUCCAUGUAUCGCGCAUGAAAACUUUACGCCCAAGUCAUCAGACGUGAGCAGUGCAGUCUCCUGGAAAUUUAUAAAUUUCUUCUACUCGCGAAUAGUCUUAACCAUACCUGGGAAAAUUAUUAUUGUAUUAAUUACUUUUGUAACGAUGUCUACAAGUAUUAUGGGCUUGCUUAAGUUGCAACAAUGGUUUGAUCCAAAAUGGUUAUUGCCAAAAGACUCGUAUUUGUCUCACUAUAUAGCUAUCCGAACUCAAACAUUUCCCAAUCAAGGACAUGAAGCUUUUGUCCUUAUGGGAAAUGAUAUUAAUUACUCUUCUGAAUUUUCUAAGAUAAUAUCUCUAACAGAACGCUUACAAAAUGCGUCUUUUAUACAAAAUAUGGAACCUUGGCCAACUGAGUUUGCAAAAUUCGUAUCACUGCAUUAUGACACAGAUUUGAAAUCUACAAAACUUACAGACGACAAGUUCCAUUAUUAUCUAUCAAAAUUUCUUGUUAGUCGAGCUGGUGGCAAAUAUCAGAGAAAUUUCUUUUUCAAAGAAAAGUUUAAAUGCGGGAAGAAUGCCCCACGAAUCGCAGUAGCAACCAUUGAGUUCUACUUCAAACAAUUUGAAGGUCCUGACGAAUGGGUUCCAGCGAUGGAUAAUAGUAAGCUCUUAACAAACGAAGUGCAAAUUCACGGAUACGUGGCAGUGUGGUGCAAAAUGUUUGGACCUUGGACUGCCGAUAAAUUAAUCAGUCAAGAACUAUCACGAAACAUUAUCCUGGCAUUAAUCUGUGUUAUGGGUACCACAGCGAUUCUGAUUGCUGAAAUGCAGACUUGUUUUUGGAUCUUACUCUGUGUACUUCUCACAUUGCUAAAUGUUUGCGGCUUCAUGUAUUUUUGGGGAUUAACAAUAGAUGUGGUGUCCUGCAUUGGUCUCGAGCUGGGUAUCGGUUUAAGUGUGGAUUAUGCUGCACACGUUGCACAUGCUUUCCUGAAUGCUGAGUCGCAAGAGGAUGAUAUUAACGCUCGUAAGACCCGAACAUUGGUCGCAGUCAGGCAUAUCGGUGCUGCGGUCGCGUAUGGUGCUGGUUCAACAUUUCUUGCCGUCUCGAUGCUAGCCUUCUCGUCAUCCUAUGUGUUCAUGGCCUUUUUUCGAAUAUUUUACUUGGUAAUUUUGUUUGGGCUAUGGAACGGACUGAUCCUAUUACCGGUCGUGUUAAGCAGUAUUGGGCCGCAAAGUUUACGUGUGACGCAAAAGCCACAACUGAUGUUCCAAAAAGCCAUUUCUGCUAUUGAUGAUGAAGAUUAAAACAUGUAAAUGUUUUAAAUGAGAAAUGUAGACAUUUGUUCAAGCAAUCCUCUUUCUUUAUCAAUAAUAUUUAUUUUUGGUUCAAUAAACAUACAAAAUUAUUACACUAUCCGUACUAUUAAUCACACAUUUAUACAAAAAUAAUAAUUAAUAAUAAUAAUGAUAAUAAUACGUCUGAUAACUUAAAAACGGCAUUAUUUAUAGAUUUUUAUGUAUAUGUAUAUAUAAUAUAUUAAGAUUAAAAAAUUAAGAAAUAUUAAAAAACAAGUACAAAAUAAUGUAGCAAGGUUGAUAUAGAUUUAUUAUCAAUUAUCAUCGAUCGGAAAGGAACAUGACUAUUAUAAACGUAACGUAAUUAUGUUUUGUUGGAUGCGUUUAUCCUGGAUAAUCAUAAUUAAUGUUUAUGACGUAAAAAUGAGCGGCGAGGGAGCGACCUUGGGAUUGAUUGGCAAGCUCCCUCCGCUGCCUCUCUCAGUCUUGCACAAUCCAUCUGACAUUCAUUCAGCCAUCAUUCAUACAACCCCAUUUUCCUUGUUUCUUUUUCAAGUUGUCUCUUCCAUUUUUCAUGGCUCAAACGGAUCUCCGAUUGAUAGCGACAAGAAGAAAGGGAAUACAAAUUGAAUGAGAUGUACAGAGAGAUGGGAAUAUAAUAGACACACAAAAAUUCGUACACGUUCGCUCACUAACGUACAUCAGAAACAUUCUCGGAGGCGCGCACGUUGUCUCCAUAUUCAAGCAUACGACGGUAGUUAGACUGCCGGGGGCAGCAAGCCACGCAUGAAUGAUACGAUGAUUAAGUUAUUACACAUCUUCUUAGUUAAAUCGAAUUUUACAAAUCGGGAUUCAUAUAUUCCAUAAUUGAUGAGGAACCAUCGAUACAAUAAUAAUAAUAAUAUUUACUUAGCAAAACGUGCCGAUCGGUAAUUGUGGCGAAUGACGCGUGAUGUGAGCACAGUUAGUUGCGUUUAAAAGACGGGGUGUCGAGGUACUGGAGAAGAUUCGGGGGUCAGGCUCGGGAGACAAAGGACGGCGAGGAUCCACAAUGGGUCGAUACACGGCCGGGGAACGUGACGCGGGAGAGAGGCUGAACUCGAGGACGACGGUGACCGAGGGCGUUGGACUGUGAGGGAAUCUGCUCGCCGGGAUUUCAAGGUACACGCACUUGAGGAGUACACCGUGGGAAAGACACUCAGGGCAGACAGACACCGACAUAGAGACUAGGCUACCGACUAUACGUUAAUAUCUAUCUAAACGUUUAAUUAGCGUACGCACCGCGUACACACCCGGUACGCCCGCACUUCCGUUCGCUUUUCACGUGUAAUCGUUUUGCGGAGGGCGCGUCAGAAGCACUCUCGCCAUUUCGUUUUCUUCCCCCCCCCCCUUUCUCUCUCUUUCUCGGCUCUUUUAUUAUCGUUUUAUUAUAAUCAGCAAUUGCGUCGUAGUCGUGUCUCUUUUCCUUUCUUUCUUUUUUUUUUAUAGUAAACGCUAUGUAGUCUUUAUUACUCAAGCUUAUGCCCAAAAAUCUACCAGAGGCACUUUGGGUUUAUUAGUACCAUUUGAAGUCGGCGUGCGCGGGGGAGGGUACCACACGCCCCGUUCUCUUGUGCGCGGAACAGCGGGCGAGCACGCGAUUACACCUCAUCCUCGAGAGAAAUCAUUGGUUGUUGGAUCGUUCAGUUGACCCGUUACCAUCAUUAUUAAUUGUACCAUUUCCCGCCUCUUUUUCCUGUCGCGCGAUUAUUACCCUGUCUGGCGAUGUGUCUUCGCCACCGCGUAGAUUCUCUGUUCCUUCUUCCGACUUUCCAUUCCACCCUCCCCCCAAUUCCUUUUCCAGUAAGCCUACCAACAACUCCAUAUCUUUUAUCCGCUUCCUUACCUUUCCACCACGGUCUUCCGAUGUUUUUUGAGCAAUAAAUACUUUCUCCACGUAUAACUGCACAUUGAAUUGACGCACAGGACACACGCACACGCGCAUACACGUCGGACAGCCGUCAUUCGCUACCAGCCGUACGCAUUGACAGAACGUCACAUUAAAUGAGCUCGAAGAAUACCUUACCUUCGAAUCCCAUUAAUUCCUUAAUCCUUCGCAAGAGUAUGUAAAAUCAUAUCAGGAUCAGGCACUCUGUAGAUCGGACUUGUCGCCCGAUUUACAGAUAAUGUGGUGUGAUUUGGCAAUUUGUGCGUAAAUACGAAGGGAAUGACAGGUUUAUCAAAUAACUUUGUUCAACGGUGCGGCGACUCUUCGGCAAUGCUUUCGGCUUUCGAUCAAACACACAUCCAUUCGCGCGACUUACUUUCAUGCACACCAAUAUGGCUACAUCCACAGAGUUAAUGUUACACUUUUAAUUAAUGAUUAUCAAUUCAAUAUCAAUUCAAUAUCAAUGUAUUACAAUCAGACAAUACUCAACAGUGAUCGUUAUUCAUUAUAUAUUACAAUAAUUAAGAGUGACAACAACAUGACGACGGAGGCGUUGAAGCAUUACAAAGGGAGAAAGAGAGAGAGAAAGAGAGAGAAAGAUGGGUAGAUAGAGAUUGAAAAGUGGUAUGUAGAUGAAUUCCAAGAGGAUGAAGGAAGAGCAGGAGAGCUUCGAUGGUGGACAUGCUACAAACAGUAGAGAGGAAAGAAAGGGAUUGGAAGGUAACGAUGGAUAUAAGGAUAAGGGAGGAAAAGGAUAAGGAUUAUCGAUGAUUAUGGAAUAGCGGCGAUGACAUCGGUGAUGGAUGCACGACGAUAGGAAUGAACGAUUAAAUGGCGAAAUGGAACAAUGAGUCGCGGAGACCAAGGAGGGGGGAAGCACGCACACUCAACACAACCGUCACAUCGAGCUGGCCUCGCGCGCGGCCAUAGUCCAUAGAUUAAUUACUUACUAACUAAUACACAGUCUGUCUCCGUUGCGCGGAUGACUUAUUUUUCCCUCCCUUCUUCCUUCCCUUCUCGAGCGCCGUGUAAGUAUACGUAAUACACCAUAUUAAAUACGCACGUGCGUGCGGUACGGCGCUGCCGAGUUAUGGAGCGUGCGACAGCGCGCUUAUAAGCGUGUGAGCGAAUGAGACUUCCUUAAGUCUCGUUUUGUGUGAUAAAAUUAUGGCAAAAUAACUCGGCGCGGGAUACCGUCCUACCUGCUCGCACGCGCGCCUCCUCAUCGGAUACUAGAUAUACGCACACGCACACACAGGCAUGCUGCGCCAGUAUAAAGUGUAUAUAUGUACACAUAUACAUACGACAUACCAUCCAUACAUAUAUAAUAUAUCCA